AUGAACGGCGCCGAUGACGCCAGCGCAAAACGCAAGCACAGCUCCGCCGCCGCGCCCACCAGCGCAGACGCAGACCACCGACCCGCAAAGCACCUAAAACCAGAGCUCUCUACAUCCCCAGACGGUGCGCCGCCAAACGGGACAGUAUGCGACUACGAGACGGAAGAAGACGCGAGCCGGCUGCAUGCAAUUGGGUCGACGCCGGCGGAUUCGCCUGAGUGGCAGGCGACGAUUGAGAAUGUGGUGAAGAGUGUUGUUUCGAUUCAUUUCUGUCAGACUUGCUCGUUUGAUACGGAGUUGUCGAUGAGUAGUCAGGCUACGGGGUUUGUGGUUGAUGCGGAGCGUGGGUAUAUUUUGACGAAUCGGCAUGUUGUUUGUUCGGGGCCGUUUUGGGGGUAUGUGAUUUUUGAUAAUCAUGAGGAGUGCGACGUCCGUCCUGUGUAUCGAGAUCCGGUUCAUGACUUUGGGUUCCUCCAAUUCGACCCCAAGAAGAUCCGUUAUAUGAAUUUGACAGAGCUGAAACUUCAACCUGCCGCCGCUCGGGUAGGUUCUGAGAUCCGGGUUGUGGGUAACGACGCUGGUGAAAAGUUGAGUAUUCUUUCUGGUGUGAUCAGUCGACUGGACCGGAAUGCACCCGAAUAUGGCGAGGGCUAUAGCGAUUUCAACACGAAUUAUAUUCAAGCAGCAGCCGCUGCAAGUGGUGGAAGUUCAGGCAGUCCGGUUGUCAACAUCGAUGGCCAUGCGAUUGCUCUGCAGGCUGGUGGUCGCGCAGAUGGCGCGGCAACCGAUUACUUCUUACCCUUGGACCGUCCUCGUCGCGCGUUGGAAUGCAUCCAGCGAGGUGACCCAGUCUCUCGCGGCACGAUCCAAACACAAUGGAUCUUGAAGCCUUUCGACGAGUGCCGUCGUCUGGGGUUGACCCCAGAAUGGGAGGCUGCUGUCCGUCGGACGACACCGUCCGAGACCAGCAUGCUGGUCGCUGAGAUUAUCCUCCCUGAAGGACCUGCCGAUGGUAAGCUGCAGGAAGGAGAUGUGCUCCUACAGGUCAAUGGCAGCCUUCUCACGCAGUUUAUCCGGCUGGACGAUAUUCUUGAUACGAGUGUUGGGGGAACGGUAAAGUUGCUAGUUCAGCGAGGCGGGCAGAAUGUGGAGCUCGAAUGCGGAGUAGGUGACCUCCAUGCCAUCACUCCUGAUCGCUUUGUGUCUGUGGCAGGUGGUACCUUCCACGAUCUCUCCUACCAGCAAGCUCGUCUGUAUGCCAUUGCUACUCGAGGCGUCUACGUCUGUGAGGCAGCCGGCUCCUUCAAGCUCGAAAACACCCUUUCAGGGUGGCUCAUUGAUUCUAUCGAUAAACAACCAACGCGAAACUUGGAUGAAUUCGUCGAAGUGAUGAGAAACAUCCCCGACCGCUCGCGUGUGGUCGUCUCUUACCGCCAUAUCCGGGACCUCCACACUCGGGGGACCAGUAUUGUAUAUAUUGACCGACACUGGCAUCCCAAGAUGCGCCUGGCCGUUCGGAACGACGACACUGGCCUUUGGGACUUUUCCGACCUGGCAGAACCCAUCCCAGCCCCUGCACCUGUUCCCAGGAAGGCUGACUUCAUCCAACUCGACGGCGUGAAGCAACCGGCUGCGGCGGAGAUCGUGCGCAGUUUCGUGCGGGUAACAUGCACGAUGCCGCUCAAGAUCGACGGAUAUCCGCAGAGCAAGAAGACGGGCUUUGGAUUGGUGCUUGAUGCUGAGCGCGGUUUGGUUCUUGUUUCGAGGGCGAUUGUGCCCUACGAUCUGUGUGACAUCAACAUCACUGUGGCUGAUUCUGUUAUUGUUGCUGCCAAGGUUAUCUUCCUACAUCCUUUGCAGAACUACGCCAUCAUUCAGUACGAUUCGAAACUCGUGCAGGCGCCGGUUAAGAGCGCCAAGCUCAGCACUGAGUGCAUCAAGCAGGGACAAGAGACGAUUUUUGUCGGAUUUAACCAGAACUUCCGUAUCGUGGUGUCCAAGACGACUGUCACCGAUAUCACGACCGUGUCGAUUCCUGCCAACGCCUCUGCACCGCGGUAUCGUGCCAUCAACCUGGACGCCAUCACCGUGGACACGGGAUUGAGCGGACAGUGCACGAACGGCGUCUUGAUUGGCGAGGAUGGAGUGAUCCAGGCGCUGUGGCUGAACUAUCUCGGUGAGCGCACGGCCAGUUCACACAAAGACGUCGAGUACCAUCUCGGUUUCGCGACGCCAUCGCUGUUACCCGUUACGAACAAGAUAACCCAGGGAAUCAUCCCGAAGCUGCGCAUCUUGAACAUGGAAAGCUACGUCGUCCACAUGAGCCAAGCGCGCAUCAUGGGGGUAUCUGAGGAAUGGAUCCAGGAAGUAACCGAGACCAACCGCUCGCGGCAUCAACUCUUCAUGGUGCGCAAGGUAGACGUCCCGCCACCAUCAUUCCAACCCCCACCGGGUUCCGAAUCGCUGCAAGAAGGCGAUAUCAUCCUAACCCUAGAUGGCCAGCUCAUCACCCGCGUCUCCGAGCUUGACAUCAUGUACGACAAGGAAGUCCUAGACGCACUCAUCGUGCGGAACGGCCAGGAACUCCGGAUUCAAGUCCCGACAGUCCCGACAGAAGAUCUCGAGACUGAUCGCGCCGUUGUUUUCUGCGGUGCUGUGUUGCAGAAACCGCACCAUGCUGUCCGACAGCAGAUCUCGAAGCUACACAGUGAGGUCUACGUUAGCGCGAGGAGCCGCGGCUCUCCAUCGUACCAGUACGGCCUUGCGCCGACAAACUUCGUCACUGCGGUAAACGGUAUCUCGACACCCAACCUUGAUACCUUUGUGAAGGAGGUCAGCAAGAUCCCGGAUAACACAUACUUCCGGCUUCGCGCGGUGACCUUUGAUAAUGUUCCGUGGGUGGCUACUAUGAAGAAGAACGAUCACUACUUCCCCAUGUCCGAAUACAUAAAAGACCUCUCCACACCAGCAGGCUGGAAGACCGUCUCGCAUGAUAAACACAAGCACAAGGAUGGUAUUGCGCCUGAUUCAUCGAAUCUGAACCCCGAUGCUAUGGAUGAGGGGUUGGAGGAUGUUAGUGAUAUUGAGCCGGAUGAGUAG